AUGUUCCAGGUUAGCUGACAAUUCUACAACAGAUUUUCAAGGCCAAUUUCGUUUACCAAAACUGCGAAGUUGGAACACUUAUUGAAGACGGCAAUGCGGAACUCAUGAGGUGUUUCUUUCAUGAGGAUGGUACUCUCAUGAAAGGAGGAAAUCUUCGCGGGCUGUCAAAGAUUUGUGAGACGGUGCAUCCAUUCUACUCGAGUAAAUUCAAAGGGAUGUUGAACCCCUCGGCUCUCGUAAUUUCUGAGUUUAAUGCAGCCCUAUCAACAAGGUCACUUCGAGAGAUCUUGGGGGCUAGAUCAACUGGCCCCCACUUUUACAUAAACUCGAGUGGGCCUUCUUACCAUGGUGACCGAAUGAGAAAGGUAUGUAAUUUGAAAUGCGACGCAGACAUGCCACUCAGAUAGCCUUGCGAAAUUCAAUCUGGACUUUGGCCUCUCUAUUGGCUUCAACCGAAUAUCUAGUCAUAUCAUCAGAUCAAUACCGGUUUCAAGAUAUGGGUUCGAGUCGUGA